UAAAGACACAUGUCCCACAAACAAAAAAUUAACAAGCACUUUACCAAAUCACUCUCAUCCAUCUCCUUCAAACCUUCAAUGGAGAAGAACUGCACCUAAUCUCUAAUCCAAUCCAAGAAACUAGAAAUGGCACAAGAGACACAAGCAAAAAUCCCAUCCUGUGAUUCAUACUUUGAGGCAAUCCAAUCCAGGAAAAAACUGCCAUUCCCUCUCCAACAAGUUCUCACCUCUGCCUUCUCUCAAAUCCCAGUCUCUUCAUUCCCAGAUGUUCCUUCUGGCAAAGUGGUGGAAAUUGAGGAAGAUACAAGCAUUAUUGAUGCAGUGAGGGUGCUGUCAGAGAACAAGAUAAUGGCAGCCCCAGUGAGGAAUUCAGGAGCAAGAGAUGAUUUGGAUUGGAAACAGAGGUAUCUGGGGAUUAUUGAUUACUCUGCAGUGAUUCUUUGGGUGAUGGAAAAUGCAGAGCUUGCUGCUAUGGCAUUGUCUGCAGGCACUGCAACUGCUGCUGGGGUGGGAUUGGGUGCAGUUGGUGCAAUGGGAGCUGUGGCUCUUGGAGCUACUGGUCCUGCUGCUGUGGCUGGGCUCACUGCUGCUGCCGUCACUGCUGCCAUGGCCGGAGGAUUUGCUGCAGAGAAAGGCAUGGGAAGGGAUGCUCCCUCUGCUGUUGAUCAUUUGGGAGAGGAUUUUUAUAAGAUUCUUCAGAAUGAGGAGCCUUUCAAGUCCACCACUGUGAAAUCUAUCAUUGAAUCCUACCGUUGGUCACCUUUCCUCCCUGUUUCGCCAGAUACAUCGAUGCUCACUGUACUGCUAUUGCUUUCAAAAUAUAGAUUGAGAAAUGUUCCAGUAAUUGAGAUAGGAAGACCCGGUAUUCGAAAUUUUAUAACUCAAUCAGCUGUUGUUCAAGGCCUCCAACAGUGCAAAGGUCGCGAUUGGUUCGACACAAUUUCUUCUCGGUCACUCUCAGAUCUCGGCCUUCCUUUCAUGCCAUGUAAUGAGGUUAUUACUGUAAAAAGCAAUGAAUUGAUAUUGGAAGCUUUCAAGAGAAUGAAAGAUAACCGAAUCGGUGGCCUCCCAGUUACAAAGGAAUCGAGCAGGAAUAUCGUCGGCAAUGUGAGCAUACGAGACAUCAGACACUUACUACUCAAGCCAGAACUUUUCUCCAACUUCAGUCAGUUAACAGCUAUGGAUUUCCUGAAGAGGACAAUUGAUCUGGCAAGGCCAAUGGUGACAUGCAAAUCCGAUGAUCGGCUCGGAAUUGUGAUUGAUCGGCUAGCGUCGGCAUCGGCUCACCGAGUUUAUGUAGUUGAUGGUGAUGAUUCUGAACUUGUUGGUGUAGUGACACUAAGAGAUGUGAUAUCAUGCUUUGUGUAUGAACCUCCUGGCCAUUUUGAUGCAUAUUUUGUGCUUGCCAUUAAGGAUAUGUUGAGCCAGUGAACUGUGCCAAAUGCCAAUCUUUUUCAUUGUUUCCUUGGCUUCUGUUUUUCCUUUUUUAGUGAAAGAAUAAGUUUGGGCCAAUUUGUUUUUGUUUUUGGGCUGAUGAUUUUAU